GGCGCAAGGCUCCUCCUCGAGAUCCGCGUCGCGGCGCUCGCGCUCGCGCGGCGCGAGCCGCCCGUCGCCGCCUUGGAGGCGCACCUGCGCGCGGUGCUCGCGGCGCGCUUCGCGCCGUGCAGCUUGCGCCUGGACCGCGUGUCCUGGACGGGCACGCCGCCGCCCGUGCUCGAGCGCGUCGUCGCCGCCGAGGCCGUGCACGCCAUCGACGACUGGCCGGCGCUCAAGCAGCGCCUCGGGCGGAACCGGCGCGUGUUCACGCUGUCGCACGCCGCGCUCGGCGGCGAGCCUCUGGCCGUGGUCGAGGUCGCGCUCGGCGGCGAGGUCGCCGCCUCGAUCCAGGGCCUGCUCGCCGAGGACACCUGGGCCGCCUCCGAAACCCCCGCGGAGCCGACGUGCGCGAUCUUCUACUCGAUCUCGGCGACGCAGCCGGGCCUCGCGGGCGUCGACGUCGGCGCGCGCCUCAUCCGUGGCGCGGCGGCGACGCUCGCCUCCGAGCACCGGACCCUGAAGCGCUUCGUGACGCUGAGCCCCAUCCCCGGCUUCCGGCGCUGGCUCGAGGCCGAGGCGCCGCGCGACCUGGUCGACGCCGCCGCCGCCGCGGCCGCGGCCGCGGGCGACGCGGCGACGACGGCCAACGGCGCGCGGGUCGACGACGCGCUCUUCCGGCGGCUCGCGCCCUGGUGCGCGCGCUACGUGCUCGACGAGCGGCGGAAGCGGCCGCACCUCGCGGCCGCGGGCGCGCUCGACGCCGUCGCGCACUUCCACCUCGGCAACGGCGCGCGCUUCGCGGGCCUGUCCUGGCGCGGCGACGUCUCCGACGCGGGCCUCCGGCGCAGCUUCGGCCUCAUGGCCCACUACGAGUACGACCUCGCGGCCCUCGACGCGCGGGCCCAGGCCUAC